AUGGUCACUCGGCUUCCUGGCAUUGUUCUGUUUGCUGUGCCGGUCGCCGUCAACGCUGACUGCAUCGCAGGUCAGAAAGGAGGAAGCUGCUUAACCGUCCUUCGCGAUGCGGCGACAGACGAGAGACUCUUUGGAAAGCCCGGCCAAGACAACUUCUGCAGCUUUGCAUCUGCGUGCUUCGGACUGGCCUGCCCGCUGACGCCAGGAGCUCCCGAGUUCCCCCUGUUGCCUUUGCCCUCUGAGGAGGUGCUCUUCGUCGGCGAGGGCUCCUCGAGUUGCUCGAUGAUUCUGGACCCCAGCUGUGCCGCCGAAUAUCAGCGGGCUGAGCUGGACUGUGCCCGAGAUCCUCACAGCAGGAGCAUCUGGGAAGGUACCCGCCAGGGCCUCUGCCCAAGAUGCCAGAAGCUUGUGAAGGCCUACCGGUACCUCGUCCAUCACUGCGGACUCCACGGACCUGGCCGGGACUUCUCCGUUGAAGCGCUCAAGCGGCAUUUCUUGGACAGGUCGGCAUCAGAUGCUGUGUGGCGAUCCGACUUGACAGCAGAACUUUGA